UCGGACCACCGCUUCCGGUGCAGGUAGCAAUCAACAUCCGGGGUCGGUAGCCUACGGAAGCCCGCGCUUGGGUCGCCUUGCACUGCGUUGGGCUGUAGCAUCUUUGCGGUUGUACUCAAAAGCGGAGGUCUGGGACCUAACGCCGGUUGAGCCGGUCUGGGAGUCGGCCCUUGGGCGAAGCGGCACGGCGAGACUGAUCAAAAGGAUGGAUUUUACAGAGGCUUACUCAGGCACAUGCUCUACAGUUGGACUUGCUGCCAGAGCAGGCAAUGUUAAACUUUUACGGAAACUGCUCAAAAAAGGUCGAAGUGUGGAUGUUGCUGAUAACAGGGGAUGGAUGCCAAUUCAUGAAGCAGCUUAUCACAACUCUGUAGAAUGUUUGCAGAUGUUAAUUCAUACAGAUUCAUCUGAAAACUACAUUAAGACAAAGACUUUUGAGGGCUUCUGUGCAUUACAUCUUGCUGUGAGUCAAGGACACUGGAAAAUCACACAGAUUCUUUUGGAAGCUGGAGCAGAUCCUAAUGCAACCACUUUGGAGGAAACCACACCAUUGUUUUUAGCUGUUGAAAGUGGGCAGAUAGAUGUUCUAAAGCUGCUGCUUCAACAUGGAGCAAAUGUUAAUGGAUUCCAUUCUAUGUGUGGAUGGAAUUCCUUGCACCAGGCUUCUUUCCAGGGAAAUGCUGAGAUUAUAAAACUGCUUCUUAAAAAUGGAGCAGACAGAGAAUGCCAAGAUGACUUUGGAAUCACACCUGUGUUUGUGGCUGCUCAGUAUGGGAAGAUAGAGAGCUUGAACAUUCUUAUUUUAUCUGGUGCAAAUAUCAAUUGUCAAGCCUCGGACAAAGCUACUCCCUUGUUUAUUGCGGCACAAGAGGGUCAUAUAAAAUGUGUGGAACUUUUGCUGUCCAGUGGGGCAGAUCCUGAUCUUUACUGUAAUGAAGACAAUUGGCAAUUGCCUAUUCAUGCUGCUGCACAAAUGGGCCAUACAAAGAUCUUGGACUUGUUAAUACCACUUACUAACCGGGCUUGUGACACUGGACCCGACAAAGUGAGCCCUGUUUACUCUGCAGUGUUUGGAGGACGGGAAGAGUGCCUGGAAAUAUUACUGCAGAAUGGCUAUAGCCCAGAUGCACAGAUGUGCUUGGUCUUUGGAUUCAGUUCCCCUCUGUGCAUGGCUUUUCAAAAGGACUAUGACUUCUUUGGAAUUGUGAACAUUCUUUUGAAGUAUGGAGCCCAGUUAAAUGAACUUCACUUGGCAUACUGCCUCAAGUAUGAGAAGUUUUCAAUGUUCUGCUGCUUUUUGAAGAAAGUUUGCCUGUUGGCUCCUUGGAAUCAUACAUCUGAAUUUAUAAGUUAUGCAGUUAAAGCACAAACAAAAUAUAAAGAGUGGCUGCCACAUCUCCUGCUUGCUGGAUUUGACCCAGUGACUCUGCUGAGCAGCAGCUCUUGGGUUGAUUCAGUCAGCGAUGACAUCCUUGUUUUUACUUUGGAAUUUUCUAAUUGGAAGAGACUUUCACCAGCUGUUGAAAAGAUGCUCUCUGUUCGUGCAAACUCCUCUGGGGCUCUUCAGCAACACCUGGCCUGUAUUCCAUGCCUGACCCAUCUCUGUCGUUUGGAAAUUCGGGCCUGUCUAAAAGCAGAACACCUUCGUUCUGACGGUUUCAUCCAUCAGUUGCCACUUCCCAGAAGUCUGCAGACCUAUUUGCUCUAUGAAGAGGUUUUGAGGAUGAAUGGAAUUACAAGACAAGCAGCUAUUCAUAAUGGCGGAAUCAGUGAGGCCACCUGAAAGCUCAUUUUUUUAAUUCUGUUUAGUCAUAAAAGGUAGCUUGUGUGGUUGUUUGGAUUUGAGAAUAAUAGGAAAUGGUAACUAGGCUUCCAAUUCCCCUCCUCCCCAAUAUUGUGAACCUUACUCAUCCUGCCUUACUUAGUUUUGUCUCCAGUGCACUUUGUUGUAUAGUAUUUGUUUCCUUGACCAUUUUCUGUUUUAUUAUGCUAAUGAGCUGUAAUGCUGCUAUAGUGCUGGCUUUGACAUCUUUCCACUUAAGAUUCAUGUUCACCUGUACUCGAAGCUAAGGAUAGAAUUCACAAACUUCCCAGGAAGAAUAUAUAACAACUGUGCCUUUGAAUCACUUACCACUGUUAUUAUUUUAUUUAGGAAUUAAUAUCACCUGUGUUUAUAAAAAGAAAUAUUCCUAUGUUUUCAUAAUGUUCUUAAUUCAGACAUAUUUAUGAGGUGUUGAUGAUAUUCUUGCAUUUCCACAUGUAAACUCAGGGCAAAGUUUUUGUUGUUGUUUGUUUAUUUGUUUUUUGUUUUGU